CGUUGUAGCCGACGCGGCUAGUCGUCUACUCACCGCUUCAAACAAUGGAUUGUAAGAUAACCGACUGGUUUCUCCGUACGCGCUAGAAACAUUCAAGCUUUUCCAUUUGUACUGUUUUAUAAUACCUCAAGCAUUAACAGCUGUUCGCACAAACUGAGAAGAAAUGGAUAAGGAACAAACCUCCGUGCAUUAUGGAUCUCUGGAAUGCACAACAUGGAACGCAGAGACCGCAAAAGCAGCAGAAGAAGAUGUUGUCUCAAUGGCAGACUCUACCAUCACAAUAGACGACAUCGAAGGCGAGCUUUUCAAAAUUGAGAGGAUACGGGACAUCCUGGUCAGGAGGGAGUCGGAGCUGAGAUACAUGAUGGAUGACAUUCAACUUUGUAAAGAAAUAACACGACUCAAAAAGGAGCUGCAGAAACUAGUGUCUAUUCCAGAUAAAGACAAGUCAAAAGAUGACAAGCAGAAGGAGGAGGAGCUACUCCAGCAGAUCCACAAGCUGGUGGAGACCAGAGACUUCCUGGUGGACGACGUGGAGUUUGAAAGACUGAGGGAGAAGGAGGAGGAUAAGGAAAUGGCAGACUUCUUGCAGACCAAGUUCCCUAAAAACUUGAAGCAAAAAAAUCCUGUUCAGGGCAGGAAGGUCACCUCCAGAGCCCAGCAGACCUCCUCCCCUUUCGUCGCCAAGACCGGGCUUACCCUCCUGAAGGAGUGCUGCGGGUUCACCUGCUCCAUCAUGUAGGACGCCAGCACGGAAACACAGAUGGAAGAGAGAUAGCAUUGGGGUGGUGGAGUGGUGUGAUUUCAGGUUAAAGGUGAUGGUUUUCUUGGAGCCGUGGGAAGGAUAGCAGCAUAUGCGUUGACCGUAGGGGGACUCACAGAAUGGUCAGAAUGUUACAUUUUCUGUGGGAUUCCAUGUCCAUAUUUCGGGGAAUGCCUUCCGUCCUGUGAAUUUUUCUGCUGGCCUCCAUUUUCAGCGCUGUUGGCUCGCUGAGAGUUACAGCGCUCCAUUUCCCAUGAGGCAACGCUGGUCAUUACAUCAUCACAUUAUCGGUUAUCCUCAUUCAUCUUGGUUAGAGCCUGCUAAUGAACGAGCCGGCAUGUGUUCACAUUACCCCUAGCGCUGGGACAGCCACUGUGGCGCACUGGUCAGGCCAUGGCUUUGUCGUCUGCACCUCGCCUCCUAAGAGCAGCUGACGGACACAGUGUGACAGCUGUGUCUGAUGUUGAUUCCUGACGGCAUUAUAUCAAGUGAAAAGUGUUUUGCAAAGCAGGCUUGUGUUCUUGUGUCACAUUGUGUUAGUGUGAAGUAGGAACUGGACUGUCUCAAGUGUUUGUCGGGCCUGGGUGUGGGUUUAUGAUUUCACAGUUUCAUUAUGUGAAUUUAGAUUUGCUUACCUUUAUAAAAAGCUGUAAACUGAGAAGCUAAUAUUGUCUAGAUGUAGCUAAUAUAGGGUGCUCUUUCUGUCUUUAUGGGCUAUUGUCGUAUCACACCCCCAUUAGGUUAGCAAAUUAUUGCAAAUUACUUUUACAUGUUGAAUAAUUCAGGUUUGUUAAAAUAGUGAUAUACUGUAGAUUUGUACUCCAUAUGUUCUGGUAAAAUCACCAAAAGCGCCAAAGCAACAAAAGCAUUCACAAAAAAGUAAAAUAACAUAACAUAAGACAUGAAGUUAACCGUGUAAAUGCUGAGGUUUUCUAUACUUGGAGCUGUGGGAUUAGGCUAUUAUGGGCACUACACAAUUCAUUUUAUUUUACCACAGUUGACAUGUGACUGCAGUAAUUUUGACACCAUUUUGCCCAUCUUCUUUGUGGAAUCAAAUAUUUUUUUCCAUUGAAUGGCCAGAUUCCAUAUGCAGUUCUUCUCAUUCUGUAGCUGUGUUGCUUUCUGAAAACGGUAUUAGAGGAUUUCAUCAGACAGGAAUGGGAACAGUACUUUUUUAACAAAGAAUGUAAUUUAUUUCUUCACUUGAGACGACUUUAGUCUUGUUUCAUCAAGGAACGAAACGGGGCAGCAGCAAAUCAAAGUGAAUAGGGUACAUCCCACAAUCAUGAAAUGAAAAGAACUGAAAAAGCACAUAUUUUCUCGUGACGGGAGCAGAUUCAGAAUGUGAUUUUGAAGAGCAAGAUGUGUGCAAGACGCACAGUUACAUGUGAUGCUUUCCUUUAGGCCUGUUUUAUGCAGUUCAUAUUUGACGAAGGUAAAGGUUGUGAUUGUACUGUCUAUCGAUUGGUCGUGCGGUUACUUAAUAUUGGCUGCGUUCGAAACCGCAUACUGGCAUAAUACUCCAUUUCGGGCUGAUUUUCAUUGAAGUGCAGUACGAUUAGUAUACUUCGUAUGAGGUUUUGAACACUGCCGUACUGUUUGUAUCACUGUUCGAUGCUUGCACAUUUGUGUUAUAUUCUUACCAGUUCUGAAUAAUGGUAACAAAGCACAAUGUGAAGCUUUAAAUAAUACUUCAUGGACAAACUAAAUUAUGUUUUCAAAGGCAGACCUGUCACAUCUUUAUAUAACCUUCUCCAAUUACUUAGACAUACUGCCCUCUGCAAAUAGAAAAUCUCUACCUGUUAGAUGCAGUGCCGACCAUGUAUUUACUGUCAGCUGUGGUUCUGUGCUGUCUAAUAAAAAUGGGCUGUGUGUUUUAUUACCCGUUUGAAUGGAUUAAUGUGAGUAAUGGGAGCUCCGUGCUCGGAGAUCAGUCCGGACCGCCGCACACUAAAAAGAGUGAUGCAUGAUGACAGGACGUAACGCAUAAUGACAAAAUGUAAACGUCAGACAAUAAAGAAAUGAGAUAAAAAGUGGGAUACGCACCUCAGCAGCGUAUCCCACGAGUCCAUGCGAGUUAUUUAAUGAACUGCAGCAACAAUCAGAGUGUAUUUAUAGACUUCAAGCAAAUGCGAGGUUCAUAAAAUUGCCGUUUGUUGAUACUAACUGAUUUCUACAGUGCAUGGCAGUUAUCAAAACAUUAUAUGCAGUCUUUGUUUCUUAUGAUUGUGAAUGAUUAAUUUAGUUAUCGCACACACACCAAUCCCUACGCGUCAGUCUGUCCGGUUAGAUUCCAGUUCUAGUUGCUUUAUGAUUUUUGCCUCAUAUAUGUGCAAUUUCAUUCAGUAGGUCUUCUCAUGGACCAAUCCAUAUGAUAUUAAUUUGGACAGACUUAAAUCUAUCUUUAUUUUUAUACACCAUGGAGACCAAUGAAUCUGAUGGAAACCCACCCAACUGCUGGCCAGGCCUCCCAGGUCUCCUGUUGUUUCCCAGGCUCUGGUGAACAGCCCCCGUCCAUUCAACUGGGUCUCAGCACCCUCAAGGGGCUUUCACUGAAAAGACUGGUCUCUAUGGCAACAGGGGAAUAUGCACUCUAUACGCGUGUCAGGAGAUCCAUGCAAGGUCCUGUUGAAUCUGUUCAAUCUAUCACUGAGACCCCCUAUGUAAGUGAGGUGGCUUCCUGUCUGCAGCUGUGGCCCCAGAGUGUGAGGGCCAGACUCGCCCAGCGUACUGUAGCACACUAAAGUCUGUUCAUUGAAAACUGUGAAUGAUGGUUGCUAACUGUGAAGCGUUCUGUGGACCACAUCCAACACGUAUGAACAUAAAGCCCUAUCUUGUCAAUCAACAAUUUCACUCUCAUUCAAAGUAUUGCUCCAGCUCCUGGAAUAAGUACAGCUUCUCUUUGUCUUGUUACACUCAUCUUAGUCCAUUGCUGUUUUUCUUCAUCGUAUUUUUAGCUGAAACCGCUGGUUUGGCAGCAAGCGUCCUUAUGUUAGAUUGAUCCCUGCUUCUAUCUUGUGAAAGUCACUCAUUUAACGCCAGUGGGAACGCCUCAAUAUUCGCAUAGUCAGCACAGACAGAAAGAAUAGACAGAGCUGUAUUGUGUCUUUCCUUUUCUAUCCGUGUCAGUGACCUUUAUCAUCUUACUCUGUUCUUUAUGUCCAGUAUUGCCAUGUGUAAUUUACACAGGCCUACAGUUUGUUGAACUCAAUGUUAAGGGUUGCAAGAAAAGGAUCUUUCAGGCAAUUUCACGUUCAAGAAUGCCCUUUACUGUAUUCCAUUCAUUCAACGCUUUUCCCCGUUCACCGCUGACACUGCUCUUGGUUUCGCAAAUAGUAAUUACUGUAUUCACUAUGAAUGGAUGGUGUGGUUAGUCUUCAUUGUUUGAGUCCUUUCAGAAAUAAACCAGCUGACAUUUUACGAGAAAACAGGGACUGCCAUCGAGAUUACAGAACACAAGAGGGAAUAAACCAAUUCAAUAGAGAGGCUGAGUAAUUAUGUGAACUGCAAAAGCUCAACACUUAAAAGGGAAAAACUGCUUCCUGUGUACACGUGCUAGCCUGAGAGGGCUUUCUCUGUUGAUGUCAUACCCCUUUCCUAUUCCUCUGUAGUGGGGUGUUGAGUGCUUUGUCUGUGCAUUUGUGCAUUCUGAAUCUGCCCGUGCUGAACCGCGAGAUGGUCGGCGAUUGGGUAACGGUCUCACCCCUCAGGUCAGAUUUUAAGUGCCACGAGAUUAAGUUACUUGCUGCUGGUCUUCUUUCAAUUCAUGCCCGGCCUUCUGACUCUGAGCCACACUGAGGCAUGGCAUAUUAACAGCUCUGUGCUGUCACACGCUCUGGAGGACAGCUUUUCAGCUUCUUCAUCUGUAAACCCAAAAUAUUACCAUGUGACAUUGUACUUUUGCCUUUAAGAGGAUGCACUGUAUGUGGAUGUAGACAUGUUGUUUUUAUUGUUUCACCCUCCUGAAAAAUUAAGGUUUUGAAACAGCUGGUACCUGGUUGACCAGUUAGACCACCUCUAUUCUCAAUAUGGUUUGACAAGGUCUAGCUAUGUUUUGAAACAGCAGGUAGCAGGUAUUUCAAGCUGGUGAUAGCUGGAUUUUACAACAGGACAUGAAGGCAUGGACAUUGUUUUCAUUGUUUCAUGUGGAUGUGGUCAUGUUGUCUUUUCAACUUAAAUUCUCACCAAGAGAGCAGACUGCUAAAAUGCUAAUGUAUUUUUGUAUUGAAAGGAGAUGUGCUGCAACUAUUGUUUGAAUAUUUUGGUGUGCUGUUUUGCAUUGUAAGUGCUUCUUUUUCCAGAAUGUAAACAAGUGAAUGAAGAUGAACAUUGUGGGUAAAUACUUAAGCACUAUUGUUUCAGAUUGCAUGCCUAUUAAACUAAUGGUGUACUGA